GAAACUAACAUACUUUAAGAAUCGUUUCAAAUGCCCUAGUUGGUACCACUUGUUGAUCGUAUCACAUUCCUUAUUCGUUUUGUCGUUAACCCAUUGUGAUGUGAUGAGGACAAAAAUCCCUCAUUCAAUUAGCGGUCGUUGGGUUUCGCGGGACCUAUCCGGCGAUAAAUAACGGUCAUAACCACCACUCUCAACGGUUUAGUUCAUUCAACCCCUCCUCCAAGAAACCCUUGUUUCUUAAUCAACAAGCCACCCCAUAUACAUAUAUAAUCCCUCCAAAUAAAUCUAUCCGAUCCCCCGUAAACUUAUCAUGGAAAACAACCACCACUCGCCCAUACAACCUCCACUCGGUUCCACCGUGAUCCCACUAGUGAACAAGCUUCGACUUGUACUCGAAAAGGUCCAUGAUGGUGAUAGGGAAUUAGAGUUGCCGGAUUUGGCUUUUGUUGGCAGCCAAAGCAGCGGGAAGUCGAGUGUGUUAGAAGCGCUGGUCGGACGUGAUUUCUUGCCCAGGGGGGCGGAUAUAUGCACCCGUCGUCCCCUUCGGUUGCAGUUAGUACGGACCGAUGAUGAGGCUGCCGAAUACGGGGAGUUUCAACAUUGUCCGGGGAGGAAGUGGUUUGAUUUCUCUCGGAUUCGUGCAGAAAUUCAGGCUGAAACUGAGAGGGAAGCUGGAGAUAACAAAAGAGUUUCAAACAAAGAGAUUUGUCUUAAAAUCUAUUCAACCAGAGUUCUGGACAUGACAUUAGUUGAUCUUCCUGGAAUGACCAAAGUUCCGGUUGGUGACCAGCCGCCGGAUGUCGAGGCACAAAUCCGUAAAAUGAUAUUGUCUUACAUCAAGAAGCCACAUUGUCUGAUAGUAGCCGUUACUCCCGCAAAUUCAGAUAUAGCGAAUUCAGACGCACUUCACAUUGCAGGCAUUGCUGAUCCUGACGGUAAUCGGACUAUUGGCGUAAUUACAAAGCUGGAUAUCAUGGAUAGAGGUACGGAUGCUUGCGAUCUUUUGCUUGGAAAAAAAAUUCCUCUUCGACUUGGUUAUAUUGGUGUUGUCAAUCGCUGUCAAGAGGAUAUUGAGCUCAAUACGGGAAUACAAGAUGCACUUGCGUCUGAGGAGGCUUUCUUCCAGAGUCAUCCAGUAUAUAACGAUGUUUCAGAUUGCUGCGGCAUUCCUCAAUUGGCCAAGAAGCUGAAUCAGAUUUUUGUACAAUACAUCUUCAAAAGGCUUCCAGAUUUGAAGACUAGCGUCCGGUCAAAACUCGCAAUUGCUGCCAAGGAGCAUUCCUCUUAUGGGCACAUGCCACAAGAACGUGACCAAGGAUCAUUGGUUCUGAACAUUCUUCUGAACUACUCCAACGCUUUUGUGUCCCUGGUGGAUGGAAGAAACGAAGAACGCCUAACAUCUGAGCUGUACGGUGGUGCACGGAUUCAUUAUAUAUUUCAAUCAAUAUUUGUGAGCCGUUUGGAGGAGGUGGACCCGUUUGAGAGAUUAAGUGAUGAAGAAAUCCGUACAACAAUCUACAAUGCAACUGGUCCUAGCUCUGCGUUGUUCGUGCCCGAGGUUCCAUUUCAAGUUCUGGUCCGAAGGCAGAUAGCUCGAUUGUUGGAUCCUAGCCUUCAGUGUGCUAGACUUGUAUAUAAUGAAUUAGUAAAGAUGAGCAACAAUUGUCUCGUGCAUGAACUUCAACGAUUUCCUCUUCUCAAGACGCGCAUUAAUGAGAUUGUUGGGAGCUUUUUACUUGAAGGUCUUGAACCUUCGCAAACAAUGAUCGGGCACAUAGUUGAAAUGGAGACUGACUUUAUAAACACAUCACAUCCAAAAUUCAUCGGAGGAAAUAAAGCAGUGGAAGUUGCUUCAAAUCAACUCAGAACAUAUAGAUUAUCUUCACCUAGGACAAGGGACGGUGUAGAUUCGGAUGCAGUGUCGGUUUCUGGAAGCAAUCGCAUAUCUAAUGCUAUUGUAGCUAGAUCUCAUACCAAUGGAAUAGUUUCUGAUCAGGGAGUUCGAUCGGUUGCAGAUGUUGAAAAGAACGGAUCACCUGGAAGUGAGCGGGGUUCAAAUUGGAGCAUUUCAUCAUUUUUCCGUGCAAGGGAGGUUCACAACCCUUCGAUCAAUAUUUCCCGAAGCAACUCAGACCAUGCAACCCUGAACCAUAAGGAACAUGCUUCCUCUAUAAUACAUCUUAGAGAGCCGCCAUUAAUGUUGAAUUCAUCGGAUAUUCACUCGGAGCAUGAAGCCAUGGCAUCAACGGUUACCAAACUGUUGUUGGAAUCUUACUAUACCAUCGUACGGAAGAACAUCCAAGAUUCUGUCCCCAAAGCAAUCAUGCACUUUAUGGUGAACCGCACAAAGAGAGAGCUACGUAAUGUUUUAAUCGAGAGUCUGUACAGGGAGGGUCUCUUUCAGAAGCUGCUACAAGAAACCGAGGAGGUAUCUAUGAAGAGGAAGCAUGCUGAAGAAACUUUCAUAGCUCUUCAAGAGGCCUCGCGUCUCUUGGAUGAGUUACCAACAGAAGCUGCAACAGUCGAACGGGGUGUGUGGGAGGAUCAUAGCAAUUUCUCAAGUUAAUGGACUUUUUCUGUGCGCAUUUUUGAGCUACAAGAUUCAAUCAUCUAAUGGCUGUAUGGAUCAUUUAAAACAAAAUCGUACAUCAAGACCUAAGAUGGUAGACGAUCGACAAGUUGCACCACCGUGAAAUGCCUGAUAAACUUUGUUAAUGGAAAUGACAAGAUAGGCUUUGAGCUUGGCUACAUCAUGUAUUAAUUUUCGGUCAAUGGAUUAUGAAAAUAGGAAACUUGUGAGUGAUCACCAUAUGUAGACAUUCAAUUUACUUGUUUGUAAAAUAAAUCCAAUGCAAAUAAAUUUGAAUCCUAAA